UCCCGCGUAGUUCAAAUGUUAUUGCAAUUUUGUAAAAAAUAAGCAGUUUACAAUUUGCGGUUUUCUUUCACUAAAAUCCCCGCGAUCAUCUCAGAAUUGAACGUUGUAGUAUCGCCAAAGAAAUUUUUGGACAGAAUAAGUUAAAUGGCAGUGCCGCUAGAUCAGGUGAAAGCUCUGCAUGAAGCUGGGCUGUUUUCGAGCUCUAGGAUGUUGGCAAAUUUUUUGUUGUCUGCAACUGAGCAUAGCAAUCAGGAUAAAUAUGAUCUAAGUCAUAUGGUUAACAAGUACCAACUGUUGGUGUAUCUAGCUGAUUCAUUGUUUGAUGAUGAGCAAUACAAAAGAGCAGAGCAAUUUUACACCAGAGCUUUACAAUUGAAGAAAACUAUCAUCAAGCACAAACCAAAAGCAAGUCCACCCUUGGGUUUGUUGUCAGAGGUUGAAGUAAAAUACAAAAUGUCACAGUGUUAUUUACGUCUCAAGGAACACAAAGAAGCAACAACAAUACUGGAAGGGAUAUCCCAGAAACAAAGAUCACCAAAGAUAAAUAUGUCUCUGGCUAAACUGUAUCAAAGACAAGGCAUGGAGAGGUCUGCUAUUUCAUGUUACAAGGAAGUUUUGAGGGUGUGUCCUCUAGCUCUUGACGCUGUGAUUGGCUUGUUAUCGUUGGGUGUUCCUGGCUCUGAAGUAACUUCGCUUACUGCCUCAUCAACUCCAGGGAUGGACUGGCUGGGUUCAUGGAUAAAGGCACAAGUGUUAGCAGCGUCAGGGAAGCAUGCAAAGGGGGCUCAAGCACUGAAGAGCUUGGAAACACAGAGCUUGCGUGAUAAUGUGGAAUUACUUUGUAAUGCUGCAGAGAUGUUUUACAAUGCUGGAGAUUACAAAAAUGCAAAGUCUUUCUUCCAAAGGGCUCAUUCACUGGACCCAUUUACUGUCCAAGGUAUGGACAUUUAUGCAUUUUUGCUGUCACAGAGUGGAUGCAGUGACAGUGACAGGCUGGAGAAGUUAGCUAAAGACUUGAUUCAAGUGACACAACUUAAACCAGAGCCAUGGAUUGCAAUGGGCCAUUUUUGCAAUGCUACAAACCGAGAGCCCAGAACUGUCUACUUUGCAGAGAAGGCUCACACUAUCGACAGUCGUAACGUACAAGCACUUGUUUUGAAAGCGAGUUUAUUACAAGCGUUGGAGAAGCAACAGGAGUCCCUGCUGCAUUUCCGCGAGGCAGUGAAGCUGGCUCCGUGGAACUUUGAAGCACAGAAAGGUCUUGUUGAGUGUUACAUGUCUGCAAAACGACAUAAGGAAGCGUUAGCCGUGGCAAAGAACGCCCACAAGACUUUAGGAGCCAAUCCACGGACGUUAACCCUUUAUGCUUCAGUUAUGGCUCAUGAACCGUCUCAAUACGAUAAGGCCACAAGUAUGCUGGAAAAAAGUUUGGCUCAAGACGAUACUUAUACAGAUGCUGUAUGUCUGUUGGCGGAAAUCAUGGGCAAGAAGCAGGAAUACGACAAGGCUAUUGCUCUUUUACGUAAACACAUGAGUCACGACCGUACAGCGCGACUGCACCAGCUGUUGGGAGAUUAUUUAGCUCUGACAAAUAAUUAUCAGGAGGCACUGGACCAAUACACACAGGCACUGAGCAUGAAUCCCGGGGAUAGUAAAGCGAUAGAAGGAAUGCAAAAUGUCGAAAGAGCAAAUGGGGGAGAAAUGGAACACGACAGUGGAGAUGAGGCCGAGGAAACAAACGGUGGAGUCAGUUUAGAAGAGGAGGAUAUUGAAGAUGAAGAGCCAUGGGCGCCACAAGAUAUUCGUGGAGCGCUUUUCUGAUGCACCAUGUCCUUCAAGCAUUUGUUCUCCUUAGAGUGUGAAAAUUUUUUCCGUUGUCUAAAAUAGAUUUUGCCAUCUUUAAAUAAAUACAUCUAGAAAAGUAUUGCCCCAGCAAAAUUGGAUUUCAUGGCUUUUUUUUCAGGGCACGAAAAUUUUGGCAUGUAUUUUUUAGUGAACACGAAGGGAAGGUUUCGUUCGUUUUUAAAACUGUGAAAACAAGUGAAAACAAAAUAAUAACAACAACGAUAACAGUUAAAGGUGAUAGAUCUUUUAUAAAAAGGAAAACGAACCAUUACCCCUUCUCCCUGACGAACCGCCUUAUUUUGCUCAACCAUUUUAAACCUAAGAUUGGUAUUCACAUUUUCCACACUGUUCUCUACACAUUUUCUAUGAUACUGACAAGGAGAAUUUGUUUGACAAUCAGGAGCUUCUUAAAGUGGUCAUCUUUUCUUAUAUUCGGUUGAACUUUACAUUUGAUACAAGGAGGCUGCUGCCCGCGUAAGGAGAAAGUAGAAGCCAGACACUUUUGUGGAUUAAAGGGUUAAAAACUUAA